AUGUUCAUUAUUAACCUACUAUUAUAUAUUGUUCCAAUCCUCCUAGCAGUCGCUUUCCUUACCCUAGUAGAACGGAAAGUCUUAGGAUAUAUACAAUUCCGCAAAGGUCCAAACAUUGUUGGACCAUAUGGAUUAUUACAACCAAUCGCUGAUGCCGUAAAACUAUUCACAAAAGAACCACUACGACCUCUUACAUCAUCAAUCUCAAUAUUUAUUAUUGCACCUAUUUUAGCCCUCACAAUUGCACUAACCAUCUGAACACCACUCCCCAUACCCCAUACCCUCAUUGACCUCAACCUUGGACUACUCUUUAUCUUAGCCCUGUCCGGACUAUCAGUCUAUUCCAUUCUAUGAUCAGGCUGAGCAUCAAAUUCAAAAUACGCCUUAAUUGGAGCUCUACGAGCUGUUGCCCAAACAAUCUCAUACGAAGUAACCCUAGCCAUCAUUCUACUAUCAAUUAUACUCAUCAAUGGUUCAUUCACCCUAAAAAACCUAAUCAUCACGCAAGAGAACAUAUGAUUAAUUGUGACAACAUGACCCCUUGCCAUAAUAUGAUAUGUCUCCACACUAGCUGAAACAAACCGAGCCCCCUUCGACUUAACCGAAGGAGAAUCAGAACUAGUCUCAGGCUUCAACGUAGAGUAUGCUGCCGGACCAUUCGCCAUGUUUUUCCUAGCCGAAUACGCCAACAUUAUGGUCAUAAAUGCUAUAACUACCAUUCUAUUCCUAGGCUCAUCACUCAACCAUAAUUUCACCCACCUUAACACCCUAUCUUUCAUAACCAAAACAUUAGCACUCACACUCCUAUUCCUAUGAAUCCGAGCAUCUUACCCCCGAUUCCGAUAUGACCAACUAAUACAUUUAUUAUGAAAAAACUUCUUACCAAUCACAUUAGCCCUCUGCCUAUGAUUCAUCUCCAUCCCAGUCGCCCUAUCAUGUAUUCCACCACAAAUUUAA